AUGUCUUCAUUUCGGAUACUCGCGCGCGUUAUGCGCCGCAAUGUCCAGCUGCCUGUACAUGAUUUCUUAGUCCCUGCCUUCUUCCAACCGAGUCAAAGGUGCAUGUCGUCAACUCCGAAGCACAAUGCCGCGACCUCGCCAGACCCGUCCUCCGCGCCCAGCGUUGCGAAGUCGAAACGCAAACCUUUGACCAAGGAGCAGCGCGAGUAUCUCUCCUCGGCUCUUCGAGUGAACCAGGCUGGCGAAUUAGCCGCCACUCUCAUAUAUACUGCCCAGACGCCCCUGCUGGUGAAUGCGCACCCCCACCUCCGACCGUUGAUGUGCCACAUGUACGAACAGGAAGCCGGUCAUCUCAAGACGUUCAACUCCCUGAUAGCGAAGCACCGAGUCCGCCCCACUGCCUUCUACCCAGUUUGGUCGGUCAUGGCAACCGGACUGGGCUGGUCGACAGCGCUGCUGGGACGCGAGGCUGCCAUGGCGUGUACCGAAGCUGUAGAGACGGAGAUCGGGGAGCAUUACAACAACCAAAUACGGGCCCUGCUCGAGAUGUUUGAACAAUGGGAGACCGAGGGCUACGAAGUGGGAGCCGAGUUUCGAGAGCUCAUUAGCACCCUGAGAAGAAUACGAGAUGAGGAACUGGAGCACCUGGACCAUGCCGUUGAGCACGAUGCCAAGAAGGCAGAACCGCAUUGGUUGUUGACCAAUUUCAUCCGGGCUGGGUGCCGAGGUGCCAUAUGGGCCAGUGAGAGGGUGUAG